AUGAGUAGGAUGAAGGCUUAUAGGGCACAGAAGACAACACUGAAUAUUGUUGAAGGGUCAUUCAAUGAGCAAUUGUUAAGGUUGUAUGACUACGGAUAUGAGGUAUUGAGGUCAAAUCCAAACAACACCAUCAAGUUAAAUGUCCAAGAAACUGAACAACAACCAUUUAAACUUGAUCAACAACCUGAAGAAUAUGUUAGUAGACCAUUACUACCAAGUUUUCAUAGAUUGUAUAUGUGCCUUGAUGCUUGCAAGAAGAGUUUUGCAGAUUGCAGACCAAUAAUUGAAGUUGAUGGAUGUUUUCUAAAAGGCAUUUAUGGAGGCCAGAUCCUUGCAACAGUAGGAAGAGACCCAAAUGAUCAAAUGUUGCCUAUUGCAGUGGCUAUAGUUGAUGCAGAGACUAAAGAAUCCUGA